AAGCAAAACAGACACACCCCCUCAAAAAUCGCGGGACUAGUCUUUCUACACUGUAGUCUUGGGCGAAAUUCAGGUUUUUAUAAACUUCUUCAUUGUUUUAGACAGAGAGAAAUUAAGGCAUAAUUUUUAUUUCAUGCUCAUUCAGGAUUCUUGUCCUUCCUUUGUUCGCUGUUGCUAGCUUUCUUGUUAAAAACUGUGUGCGUAUUAACUAAACUGCGUCCAUGUUUGGUCUAACAGUCGAUUAGAGCUAAUCGGUUGUUCUUGUCGUAGAGGUUAUGAAAAUCAUAGGCAUGCGGCGGAGACGCGCGGCUCUCGCGUCCCGCAUCGACCGGAGAAAGACGCAAAUGAACGCGAUCGAGCAGAUGCUCGAGGACAGCGACGAAGGCUCGUACUGCAGCACGACGACCAGCGACGGCUCCGCGAGCGAGUACCAGGAGUCGGACGACGCAUCCGGCAGCUCGGACGACGACGACUCCGGUGAUUCUCCAGCGCCCAAACGGGCGGAUGCGAGAGACGACAGCGGCGGGACGGACGACGAGAAGUGCGCCGUGUCGCGCCGACGGCGGAAGAGGUCGGCCAGCGCGAGCAUCCUGGAUGACGACGGCACGAGCGACUCUUCGGACAGCGACGUGGGAACUGAGCCUGUCCGGAAAGCUUCGGGGAAAAAACGACUCAAGCUUUCCGACUCCGAGGGUGAAACUGGCAAGGAGAAGGAAGGAGAAGGGGAAGCUAGAGGAGCUGCUGCCAAGAGGAAAGAGAGGAAAAAGAAACUGAUGGAGCUGUUGAAAAAGAGAAAGUCAGGUACACCACUGCGCAGGCGCAGAACCUUGGAAUCAGAGGAGGUUGAAGUUGCAGAAAACAAACCUGAAGACAAAAAAGAAGUGCAAACCUCUGACAACGAGUCUAGCGAGGAGGACAACAUUCGCUUGAUAGACAGCAGUGAAGAAGAAAAGCAGGCAGACAGUGACAGCCUGAAGGACUUCAUUGUAGAGGAUGAAGAGCAGAAAGAGGGAGAGGAAGAGGAAGAAGUGGUUAAAACGGACGAAAAGAACUUCCGCUCUCACCUUCCACGCGAGUUCAUCACCGGAUCUCAGUUCGCCCACUUUCAGCUGGUGGUCAAAGCCUUGCUGAUCAACGCACUGGACACAUCCUUCCUCAAGUCACUUUAUGACGGCGAGCGGACAAAGCGGUACGCCGAAGAGAUGAAAUCGUCAUUGCGUCACUUUGACGAGCGCCUCGUGCUCCCGCGGCUGGAAAAUCUAAAGCAGAGGAGCCGCUGGAAAGACCGCUACAAGGAGCGGGUUGAGUGUUAUCCCAAAGUGCGAGUUAGAAUGGUGAACAUCCGCUCGAAGGGCUGCGAAGCAUGUGAGCUCCACCGAAACGGACGCUUCUGCGUGCGUCUGUCCGGGCAGCUGUAUCACAACCACACGCUGCAGGAAGACCAGUUCAUGCCUGAUGACUCGCAGACGUUCUUUGUGGGCUCUGUCUGUGCCAGCCGGACCGAGGUGUAUCACGCGCUUAAACACUUCAAGUACCAUCUGUUUGAGCGCUGCCGCACUGCCCUGGAGGAUCAGAAAGAAGCAGAGCAACAGACGCAGGAGGGAGAUGAAGAAGAGCCGGUGAAGGAGACCGUGAAUAAAGUGUUCAACAAGCUGUUGGAGGAUGGCUGGAUUGCUGAGCAAUAUGAUGAAUUCGAGGAACGUCUUAACGCUGCAGAUUUCUUCCAAGAAGAGAAGCUGGACUGAGAAGUGGACGACUUGUUGAGGAGGAUUUUUUUGUAAAUAGGUCGUUAUUUAACGGCAAAGACAUAAUUAUUACAAAAUCAAUGUGAUUUCAAUAUUUUCUUUAAAACAUACAAAGGUCUUGUUACUUUACCGAUUGCUUUUGUAUUUUCCUUUUUAAGUCAGAUUUUAUUUUAAGCUUGUUAUCUCAAGUUUGUAAUAUUAAAAAAAAUAUUAAUGCUCAUAAUGGAUGAAAAUGAGAAAAAAAAUUA